CUUUGGAUUAUCGGAAUUGUACUUCUUAUCUUAACGACCAUCUGUGCAUGCUUGGGAAUUAGACUUUACAAUAGUAAUAAAACAAAACCUGAAAUGGAAAUCCAAAAAAUUGGAAAAUCAACAGAUAUUAAUAAGCAAAUGCAUUUAUCUAUUGCAAAUUAUGCUGCCAAUUUGAGACAGGUAUCAGCAUCUGAUGCGCCAAUAAAACAACCACAAACUCGAGGUAACCGAUCAUUUUUACUUCCCGAUGGAGGUGGCUCCAUAACGGAUCCACCAUUACCAAGUGGUGUUCCAAAAAAUAUCCCUUCAUCUGCAUCAAGAACACCGACUCCAGUAAUGCGACCCGAAAGAGCAACAACUCCAGUAAUGAAACCCAAAGGAGCAAGUGUUCCAAAGAAUAUCGCUUCAUCUGCAUCAAAAGCACCAACUCCAGUAAUGAAACCCGAAGGAGCAAGUGUUCCAAAGAAUAUCCCUUCAUCUGCAUCAAAAGCACCAACUCCAGUAAUGAAACCCGAAGGAGCAAGUGUUCCAAAGAAUAUCCAUUCAUCUGCAUCAAAAGCACCAACUCCAGUAAUGAAACCUGAAGGAGCAAGUGUUACAAAGAAUAUCCCUUCAUCCGCAUCAAAAGCACCAAUUCCAGUAAUGAAACCCGAAGGAGCAAGUGUUCCAAAGAAUAUCCAUUCAUCCGCAUCAAAAGCACCAAUUCCAGUAAUGCAACCCGAAGGAACAAGUGUUCCAAAGAAUAUUCCAUCUGCAUCAAAUGCACCAAUUCCAGUAAUGCAACCCGAAGGAACAAAUGUUCCAAAGAAUAUUCCAUCUGCAUCAAAAGCACCAAUUCAAGUAAUGCAACCCGAAGGAACAAGUGUUCCAAAGAAUAUUCCAUCAUCUGCAUCAAGUGAAACCGCCGCUAUUUUGGAAAAUGUAAGUCCUAGUUCAUCGGUUCAUAGAGGAGGAUAUUCAAGCGCCACCCUGACCCCAGCUUCAUCGAGAAAUAGUUUUGGAUCAGAUAUUACUCAAGUGUUAUCUCAACCAACAAACUCCAAAAUUCAACGACAUUCAUCGUUACCUGAUCUAAAAUCGACACAACCAGCAACAAUUGAGCGAUUGAGUAAGAGUCUUAUUUCUGUUCACGAUCAACAAAGCCCCUUAUCAUCAGCCUCAUCGACAUCAUCAUAUUUAUCGGCAAGUGAUGGUUAUGCUACCGAUAGUUCUGGUUUGGUAAUGAUUGCAGGAUCAAAGAAACCAAAAUUUCAAGCAAACACAAGUUCCUCAUCCGUUCUCGGGAGACAAAUAGAUACACCAUCAUUGCAACAAACAUCACCACCACCACCAUCUCCAACAGCACCUGUUGGCAACGUCUUAGAACAAAUUCCUCAAAUGGACGCUCAUACACCGAGAGAAUUUGUUCUUCAGCCUCCCAUCCGAUUAGACCGCACUCAGUCUCAAAUAAUUACAGGAUCGAGACAAACAUUAUUGCCAAAAAGCGCAAGUUCACCAUCUAUUUUCUAUCCCGAAAUGGACGCACCAUCCCCAACAACACCUGUUGGUAACGUUUUAGAUCAAAUUCCUCAAAUGGACACUCAUACACCGAGAGAAUUUGUUCUUCAGCCUCCCAUCCGAUUAGACCGCACUCAGUCUCAAAUAAUUACAGGAUCGAGACCAGCGAUAUUGCAAAAAAGCACGAGUUCACCAUCUAUUUUCUAUCCCGAAAUGGACGCACCAUCAUCAUCAACAACACCGACCCCGGCAACAUCUGUUGACAACAUUUUAGAUCAAAUUCCUCAAAUGGACGCCCAUACACCUAGAAAAUUUGUUCUUCAGCCUCCCAUCCAAUUAGACCGCACUCAGUCUCAAAUAAUUACAGGAUCGAGACCAGCGAUAUUGCAAAAAAGCACGAGUUCACCAUCUAUUUUCUAUCCCGAAAUGGACGCACCAUCCCCAACAGUACCUGUUGGUAACGUUUUAGAUCAAAUUCCUCAAAUGGACGCUCAUACACCUAGAAAAUUUGUUUUUCAGCCUCCCAUCCGAUUAGACCGCACUCAGUCGGAAAUAAUUACAGGAUCGAGACAAGCGAUAUUGCAAAAAAGCACGAGUUCACCAUCCAUUUUCUAUCCCGAAAUGGACGCACCAUCAUCAUCGACAUCAACAACACCAUCCCCGGCAACAUCUGUUGACAACAUUUUAGAUCAAAUUCCCCAAAUGGACGCUCAUACAACUAGAAAAUAUGUUCUUCAACCUCCCAUCCGUUUAGAUCGCACUCAAUCGGAAAUAAUUACAGGAUCGAGGGAAACAAUAUUGCCAAAAAGCACAAGUUCACCAUCCAUUUUCUAUCCCGAACUAGAAGCACCAUCAUCAUCGACAUCCACACCAUCCCCGACACCAUCUGUUGACAACGUUUCGGUCUCAUCAUCUAGACCACUAUCACCGGCACUAUCUGAAACAUCUGAUAUUCAUCCAAGUAUUGGAUCGAAUAACGCAUUAGCAACAACAGAACCAGUAAAUUCAUCUAUAGAUGUCAUUAAAGAUGUUAAUAUAAGUCGUGGUCCAAGUUUUAAAUCGGCAAAAAAAACAAUUGAAAAAAAAUUUGCAUAUGAACCUCGAUCAACUGUCGUUACUAAUUUGGAUAGUUUCGAAACAAGAAGACAAUCGAUCGCUGAGAAAAUGACAACAAUAGUGCGACAUUUAUUUUCGUUUUCUGGAACAUCAUCAUACACGAGACCAGUAUCAAGAUCAACCACUGCUAUUUCACCUCAACCAUCGCCAUCACCAUCAUCGUCGUCAAUCUCGACAUCAUCGUCGUCAACCUCGACACCAUCGUCUUCAACCUCGAUACCAGAUAUGACAGCAACAACGGAUAUGACACGAGUCAUACAAGAAUUGGAUGCAUUGAGUAAAUUACGAAAUUUAGAUUCAACACCAUAAUAUAAUUUAUUAUUGCGAAAAUUGAAAAAAAAGAUACGA